CUCUUCCUUAUACUUGCUGGAGUGGAAUUGGCUCUACUCCUUACCCUUGCCCCCACAUUUUUCUUUUCCAUUUUUUACGAGUUCUCUUACAAAAGCCUAAGGCUACGUCUCUGCAAGGACAUCAUGACCAACUCUCCCCCUGAUAUAUCAACUCUCUCCAUUUCCUCCCAGCAACGCCUUCACGAACAUUACGACUACGAGGGCGGCACCAACAGACAGUAUCAUUUCGCUACUUCUCCUGGAAUUCCUAUUCAGUCUCAAUAUAAUCCGCUCACUACUGGUCAAUCUCCUUUGAAGAACAAGCCUCUUCGUGGAAGUCUUCCCACACAAUGGCUCGAUAACGCUCCAGACAAUCGUUCGCUGUCGCCACAAAACAAUUCGGACUUUUCUUCCGCUGGCGGGUCCCCUCCUAUGAGUCAUCUACCCCCUCCAAUUCCAUCCACGACUACUCCCAUCCAGAACCCAGAUGACGAGAUAAUUCCUACUGCCAUCGUUAUCAAAAAUAUACCAUUCAACGUCAAGCGCGAAACUCUCCUUGAUAUAAUUGCCUCUCUGUCAAUUCCUACUCCGUACGCGUUCAAUUACCACCUCGACCAACAGGGUGCUUUUCGGGGUCUAGCGUUUGCAAACUUUCGCCAGGCCACGGAUGCAGAUGCAGUUGUGGCAGCUUUGAACGGAUUCGAUGUUCAGGGCCGCAAGUUAAGGGUUGAAUACAAGAAAGUCCUUCAAGCUAGCGAAAAAGAGCGCAUCGAAAGGGAGAAAGCUUUGCGUCGUAUGAGGUCGAUGCAACUCGAAAAGGAGCAAAUUGCUUCGAACACGGUCACUUCACCUGGUGCCUACGAAGACUAUGGAACGGUUAUCGGGAGUCCAUUCUCUCCCCAACGGUCUUUUUCUUCGGGGUCAUAUCAACAACACCCCCAGUACUCUCCUCCACAUCCCUCGACGAUGCCCGCUCCAUAUAACAUGAAUGCGCCGCCUGCCCCCCCACAAGCUCCCUUAUCCCCCGCUCCUAGCUCCGAUAAGGGAUCCGCUAAUGAAUUAGACCUGAAUGAUCCUUCAACUCUGGAAAUCUAUUCUCGAAUCCUUCUCUUCAAAGACGACCGCAUGCGCGAUGAGCUCGCGUUUUCUAGAAAUCUUUCACCAAAACAAAGACGUGUAGUUCAUCUAAUUGCCCAAAAACUGGGCGUGUAUCAUUACUCUGUUGGUGAAGGUGAUGAACGAUACGCCGUUGUGACACGUAUCGACCCUAACAGGCAACAAGCACCUAGGCAACCCACUCUCUCGCGAGCACCUUCCGCAUAUCUCAAUCCUUCUCCCUCACAAGUUCCGGCCCCUGCUUCCUUACGAGUAAAGAAAUCUAUGCCGGAUUUGAAGACGUUACACUCCCAAGCCCCCCGACUUACCUCAAGAGCUUCAAACGGCAACAUCCGUGAAGGCUAUGCAACAAUUGCGUCACCCUCGCGCCGUAUCUCGAGCGGCUUUGGAUCAUUAUUUAGCAACGGGAAUCCCUUCAGCGGAACAUCUGUUCCCCCCGUACCAAGCUUACCUUCGAGUUUACAGAGUAGUGGCGGAGUAAGUAACGGUCAUGAAAGUCCCAGUGGUGUUGUCCGACAGCCGCGUGGUCCAGGUCUAGGAGGAUUCACUCGACGGGAUAGUCGUGUUGGUAUCAGCGAAGGCAACCAACCUAGAGGUGUGCUUGACGCUAGAACUUACGAGCCCCUAGAGAUCUGAUUUUCGGUUCCUAUAUUCCUGGUCUCUCAGCUCGCUCUGAUAGCCUUCAAGGCGAUGAUGGACGAGGUGAUUGACCAAUAGUUUAGGCCGCUAACAUGUUAUGUUUUUCUUUACUGUCUUUCGGCGUGGUCGGCGUUGGGGUCGAACCUUUGAAUCCGCCAUUACCGUUAGUAUGAUUUUGUAUACUGGUCUUGCCUCUCCAAUCCCUUCAUAUUACUCUCCUUUCAUCACAACCUCAAACCAAAGGCUCGCUUUUCCCUUCUCACCGAAUUCUACUCCCUCACCUCGCGGAUUGUUUGAUUUAACAUUGCUGCUUCGUAUAUAUCAUACCAUAGCUGUCUUACAUUUCUCAGAUUUCACCGCGCCUAUUGAACCUAUGCUCCUAGUUCUACAUACGCUUCUCAGUAAAUACUCGUUUUGUAUUUAUGCACUCCUCAUCUUGUGCACUAUGCUGUACCUAGUCAUGUCGUCUGUAGCGCAGCCACAGUGCUAAACAAGAAAUAGAAUAUGGCGC